UGCCCCGGUUCCAACGCUGGCUGUUUAAAGCUGCGUGCUGAGGUCGCUGCUGCUAAAGCACGUCACGCAGCCCGGCAGGAAGAUGGCGGCUCCGGGGGAAUACUUCAGCGUCGGCUCCCAGGUCUCAUGCCGGACCUGCCAAGAGACACGGCUGCAGGGGGAGGUGGUGGCCUUCGACCAUCAGAGCAAAAUGCUGGCGCUCAAAUGCCCCUCCACUAGCGGGAAACCUAAUCACGCUGACAUUUUACUGCUCAACUUGCAGUAUGUGUCUGAUGUAGAGGUACUGAAUGACCGCACACAGACUCCUCCUCCAUUAGCCAGCCUAAACAUAAAUAAGCUUGCAAGCAGAGCUCGACAGGAGAAGGAGGAGAAGAUGAGCCAGGCGUACGCCAUCAGUGCUGGAGUGUCCGUGGAUGGACAGCAACUAUUCCAGACUAUACACAAGACGAUAAAGGACUGUAAAUGGCAGGAAAAAAAUAUAGUAGUCAUGGAGGAGGUAAUUAUAUCUCCUCCUUACCAAGUGGAGAACUGCAAAGGAAAAGAGGGUAGCGCUCUCGGACAUGUCCGCAAAGUAGUUGAGAAACAUUUUAGAGAUGUUGAAAGUCAGAAGGGGGUGCAAAGAAACCCUAUCCAGCCUGCACAGAAAGAGACCAGUACGUCCUCCUGAGCCCUCCACCUACGUUGGAUUCACCUUCUCCUGAGCUACCUGCUCUUCUCACCACCAGGGUGGGAGCCCUGACGAGAGCCAGAAGGGGUGGAUGACACACAGGGGUGUGGUGAACAAGAAGUGGGGUGGGAAAGGGUAGCUUUUAUUUCCGGACUAGUUCCUCUCAACCCUUUCCUUGAAUGGCCAUUAUUCUUAAUAUGGCUUUCAUAGGGAAGGGGUUCAGGGGCAUACUGAGCUAUAGAAGACUCAAAGGGCUCCAGUUUCUUUUUAGCCGGUCCGGCUUGAAUUCGGAAUUACCCUUCGGCAUUGCAUUUCUUCCACAUCGGAUGUUUUUUGUUUUGUUUGUUUUUUUUCUCU